AUGUUCGCAAUCCCCCCACCACCACGGUACCCUACCAACAGUGGCUUGGUCGCGACCACUCUGGAAACUGCGAAUACUCUGACCACUCGCGAAGGGCCCGAGUACACAUUCCAAGCUGGCGAAGGCACAUAUGUUUUACGGGACGAUCUACAACUCGCAACCCCACCACCUCAUCCCUCUGAGGCCCCGGUGGUCAACCCAAAUCCUCUCGCGACCAGUGUUACUCCGCCAACAAGUGGUGUUAAACUGUCUCUUGUAUCACUUAGCCCAAAACAGAUCACUCCAGACCUCUACAGGACCACCACCGCAACAAGCAGUCUCCUGCGUUGGAGAACUUUGGGAUUAAACAACUCGAAGGAGACAAAGGAGUCCAAAGAGCUGAAGGAAGUGAAGGAGUUGAAGGAUAUCAAGGAGCUAGAGAAAGAGCCAAGGAUAUCUAUAGAGACUGGCAGCGACAGCAGCAACCUUGCAACAUCACAAAAUGGAAGCAACAAGUCGAGCACUGUGAGAGCAUUUGGCGAAGGCAACGCCGCUCUAUCUCCAGUCAUCAACAGAGAUGGUCUAAAGCGACGGAAACCGAAGAACAACAUCAUCAAAAGCAAUUCAUCUUUCGUGUCUCGUGUCAUCCCCCACGAGUCCCUCGCAAAGAAGCUUCAGGAACGAGAUCAGCGAGGUACUUUUGCCUUUAUCAACAUCAACCGGGCUUUUCAGUGGCUGGAUCUUUCUUCAGGGUCCAAACAGGACCCAAUGACUAAAAUUCUCUUUACCAAGGCAAGUGACUCUUGUCUUCGCGAGACAAUAUUGUGCUUUCACGGCUCCUUGUUCUCACAUCACCAAUGUCGCAUGACCAAACACUCGACGCACAUGGAUGUUGUAAUGGGCUCAUCUGCCAGCGAUAUCAUCUGGUACGAGCCCAUAUCGCAGAAGUAUGCCCGCAUCAACAAGAAUGGGAUGAUCAAUAAUUCGGCAGUUUCUACGAUAAGGUGGAUACCUGGAUCAGAGAACCUGUUUCUGGCGGCUCAUAUGGACGGAACCCUCGUCGUGUACGACAAAGAAAAGGAAGAUGCACCGUUCGUCUCGGAAGAGCUGGUGGAUGAGGCGAUCAGUAUCGAAGAUGACGACCAAUCCACAUUGGUCAUCAGCAAGAGCGUGAACUCAUCGAAUCAAAAGGCUAACCCGGUAGCUUGCUGGCGGAUUUCCAAUCAGAAUAUCACCGACUUUGCUUUUUCGCCGGACAAUAAACAUCUCGCUGUAGUCGGUGACGAUGGCUAUCUCCGAAUUAUAGAUUAUCCCCAAGAACGGCUGACCGAUAUAUAUUCUUCCUAUUACGGCGGAUUCACAUGCGUAUGCUGGUCGCCUGACGGCAAAUACGUGCUCACCGGCGGCCAAGACGACCUUGUCACUAUCUGGUCGCUGCCUGAACGCCAGAUUAUCGCUCGAUGUCCCGGACAUGAUUCAUGGGUAACGGCUGUUGCUUUUGAUCCGUGGCGCUGCGAUGAGAGGACAUAUCGUUUUGGCAGCGUAGGCGAUGACUGCAAGCUCCUGCUUUGGGACUUCAGUGUUGGCAUGCUUCAUCGCCCGAAAGGGGUAACAGCUCGGACUAGAGGCAGCAUCUCAGCCCAAUCACCCUCGCUGCUCCGGCAACGGACAGAGAGCACGAGCAUCGUCAACCGAAUCAGAUCCGAUUCGAACCGGACCGGAAGUUUCGUCCAAACCGACACUGUCGACGAGUCCGAAUUUCUCAAUCAUGCUGUUGAACCCAGAGCAAGGACAGCUCAACUUCCCCCUGUAAUGUCCAAGAAAAUAGACGACCAUCCGCUGAGUGGUCUGGCAUUCGAGCAGGACUGUAUCAUCACAACCUGUCAUGAAGAGCGAGGAUUCACGGUUGAAUGCUCACUUUAUUUCAAGGACACCUUCGCACUUGGAAUCGACCUCGAGAAGCCCCAAACGGCAGUCAAAUAG